AUGGUAAAUUUUGCCAAUUUUUUUCGUGCCUUUUGUAUUUGGGAAUGCUGCUCGAAAUAUUGGGUACCAAAGAAUGUGACGCAACUUGAUGUACGAUUGAAAGAACAAUUGAUGGGUCAGCCACUUGUAUAUAAUCUAAUACUUACGUCCAUUAGUUCACAUAUCAAUACCGAACGUCCAUCGAAAGCUUUAGUGUUGUCAUUGCAUGGAAGUACUGGAACAGGCAAAAACUUUGUUGCUAAACAUAUUGUUGAAAGUCUUUAUCGAGAUGGCUAUAAGAGUAAAUAUGCUCGACUGUAUGUAGCAUCUCGUGAUUUUAUGCAUCAUGACGAAGAACAUCUUCGUCAGUACCAGGAUUUUAUAAAACAUGAUAUUGAAAAAGCUACAAGUUUGUGUCACUAUGCAACAUUUGUUUUCGAUGAAGUUGAUAAGAUGCCUAUUAAAUUACUUGAAACUAUUAUAUUUUACAUCGAUUUUCAUACACCUACUUAUGCCCAACCAAUUGAUUUUCGCAAAACGAUUUUUAUAUUUUUAAGUAAUACCGGUGGUAAAGAAAUCAAUGCGAUAGCUCAUAAAAAUUAUUUUGCUUCAAUAAAACGUGAAAAUUAUAAUAUUGCUGAAUUUCAACGAGCUCUUGCAAAUGCUGCAUUCAAUGAAGCAGGUGGCCUAUGGCAUGCAUCGCUGAUUGAGCGACAUUUGGUGACAUUUUUCAUACCAUUUCUCCCACUUGAACGCUCCCAUAUUCGUACUUGUAUUCGUCGACAACUGGAAUUGGCGCACGAAAACCAUAAACAUGAAUACAAACUAUCUGAUAAUGAUAUUAUUGAUCGUGUCCUCGAUUUAAUUGAGUUUUCACCGCCAAAUUCUUUACUCUAUUCAGUAUCAGGAUGUAAAAAAGUCCGGCAAAAACUUGAUUUUAUUUUAGAAAGUAAUCGAAGAAAUGUCAAGCAAACUAAUAACGAAUUUUAA